CAGCUGGCUGGCGUCACGUGACUCAGAACUUUGCGGAAAACUAACCGAAAAUGGCAGAUCCAAAGUGCUCCACUCGACCGCGGCUGAUGGCCUUUAUUGCCCUUUUAUUCGCCCUCUUCUCCACCGGGAGCUCCACAGCCCAAGUGCCAGUUCUGUUAUGGUCCAGUGACGGACUUCCAGCACUGGCUCCUUCUGCAGCUGGUCACAUCACCUCCACAGACCAGCUGACUGCCUACCUCACCUCUGCCUUAGGCUCCGGCCCUCGCACUGUGGUGUUGUUCCUGCAGGACAAGUUAAGCAAAGAUGACUUCACAGUUUUUGGUGGUGUGUUUGGAAACAAGCAGGACAGUGCCUUUCAAAAUCUCGAGGCUGCACUGCAGACUUCCUCCUCAUCAGUGACGCUGCCUGCUUUAGAGUGGUCUGGCUCCUCUGCCAUCCCCGCUCUGCUGCAGGAGGAGCUGGGUGUGUCUCCUCUGCUCGUAGACGCAGACACUCUGACACAUCUCAGCAUCAACUCAUCUGCCAGCAACCUGCUGCUCAUCAAUCUCCCUUAUUGUACUAACGCACACAAGUCUUGCAAAGAAGUCCUACAUGACAAUGAUGAGAUAAUUGGGAAAGUUCUGAGUAUCAUGAAAGACAAAAAUGUCAAAUACACCGCAGUUUACACAGGAUCCCAGCCAUCACGGGUGAUUUCAGAGACAUCCCUAUCAGGUCAGCCUGUUGGGCGCUCCUUGCUCCAAGCCGCUCCACCACCAAGCGUCAAACCUCCGAUCAUGUUUAAUGGAACCGGAGGCCCCUGCAUAAUGCUUUGGGCUCAGAAUCUCAACAUCAGCCUCUCGAGCACCGGAGCUUGGAUAGACCUCGCUGCAGACACACCGACGCUGACGGGAUCCUUCUGCAACAUCAGCAACUCACAACUUGUCCUCACCUAUGCAUCCGGCUAUACACUAAGCUUUGCCAUGAGUCAGCGGUUCUAUCCUGUAUCCGCCCGGAACUGGUUCGCCCUGGACUCUGUGCAGCUUCAGGCUAGCAGUCUGACUGCGUCUUUCGGGAGCCGCAGCAUCUACGCCCCUGCAGAGUAUUCCUAUCACUGCAUGUCUGUCAGCAGCUUCGGGGAUGCUUUGCUCUUCCCUAACAGCACCAACGCAAACGCCUCGCAGUGGAGGCUCAACUUCGUCGACUUCCAGAUUCAGGGCUUCAGUUUGGGCAACGGCACAGAUUUCUCCUACGCCAGCGACUGUGCUGGCUUCUUCACUGCAGGGAUUUGGAUGGGGCUGCUGUCGUCGCUGCUCAUGCUGUUCAUUUUUGUUUACGGUCUGCACAUGAUCAUGCAGCUUCACACCAUGGAUCGAUUCGACGACCCAAAAGGUCCUUCGAUUUCAGUGCCUCAGUCUGAGUGAAGCAGUCCCUCACUCCCUCCUUGUCAUGUUGCUUUUGUAUAUUUGGACCUUUUCUCUGAUGUUUCCCUCAGAUUUCUUCUUCUACUUUUGUUUCCUGAAUCCCUCCACAACUGUCUUUACAUCCUGUUUUCUUACAAUAGACAUUCCAUUUCAUAUCUCUUCAUCUGCAAGUGCCAAAUUAGAAGCACCUUUUGUACGAGGUGAUUUUUGACUGCAUGUGUGCCUGGAGAUAAAUGUGUGCCAUAGUUUGCCAGACAUUGUGGAUAUCCCCCCCCACCUAAAAAAAAUUGCAAUAAUUUCUCUCACCAGAGAAUGCCUUCUGUGCUAUCAUGAAUGUGUCGCUAAAUGCUGUAGGACCUUUCAGACCUCAGUUUUUUUAUUUUUUUCUUCCAGCGAAACUGUAAUUCAAAGACUACUGGUUAUGAAAGACGUGACUGUGUGUAUAUCAAGAGUAAAUUACUGUUUACGAGCAUGUUCUGAAAUGUUUCUCCUUCUCGGAAUUGCCUUACUUUUACUUUGGAUUUAGUUGAGUUCUCACUUCUUCCAAAGACAAAUCAGAGUGCCACCGCUUCAGUAAUAUUUUUUUUGACAAAUUAUUUAUUUGUAUAAAAAGACUUUCUCUGCAAUACUUAGCCUUCUCUGGACGUUUAUCCCUCGCUUCGGGUUUAAUAAUGACAGUGCCUCUGUUCUGUUUGUCAAACUUUUGAAUGUGCAUUUUGCCAAUGUCUUUAAUUGAAAAUAAAAAAAAUGUUUGAAUUGUGA